AUGGAAAAUGGGAGUAAGAAACGACUGAACAAUUAUGAAAAAAAUAAAGAGAGGAUAAAGAAACUAAAAUUAGAAAGACAAGAACUUAAGAAAAAAGAAGAAAGAAAAGAAAAAUGUGAGAAUGAAGAAAAAAUAAAUUUUAAUUUAAAAAAAUAUGCAUUAUGUAUAGGAUAUAUUGGAUCACAAUAUCGUGGUUGUCAAGGACAAGGUGAAAAUUGUGCAACAGUUGAAAAUGAAUUAGAAAGAAUAUUAUUAAAAAUUAAUGCAAUUAAAAAAAAAAAAAAUUUUAAGAAUUUUAACUUUUGUUUAUCACGAUCUGCUAGAACAGAUCAAGGGGUUCAUGCUCUUUUUAAUAUUUUUGUUUAUAAUAUUGAUUUAAGUUGUAUAGAUAUGAAAAAUGAAGAGGGAGAUAAUAUAGAUGUUACACAUAAUGAAAAGGAUAAUAUGGAUGACAAAGGUAAUGACAAUCAAACGGUAGUUAAUAAUAAUAUUAAUAAUAAUGAUGAUAAAUUUUCUGGGAAUAUUAAAAUUGAAAAGAAUGAUCAGACACAAAAAUGUGAAGAUGACAUUUUUAAAGAACGAAAAGAAAAAGAAGAAAAAUUUAAAAAUUUAUUAAAUAACCAUUUACCAUGUGAUAUAAAAUGUUUUGAAAUUUAUAAGGUUACAAAAAGUUUUGAUGCAAGAAAAUUUUGUUCUUUUAGAUUUUAUGAGUAUUUAUUUCCUGUAUAUGUUUUAAGUGAAGUACAAGUAAAUGAAAAAUAUAAAGAAAAAUUUGAUCAAGCAAUAGUAGAUAUAGAUGAAUAUGUUCAAAGGUGUAAGGAAGAAAAAAAAGCAAGGCGAAAUAAAGAAAGGAAUGAAAUGGACAUUACAAAUAUAGAAAGGAAUGACAAUGACAUGACAAAUAUAGAAAGGAAUGACAAUGACAUGACAAAUAUAGAAAGGAAUGACAAUUACAUCACAAAUAUAGAAAGUAAUAACAAUGACAUGACAAAUGAAGAAAAUGAAAAUAUGUAUAUCCAAAUUGGUAACCAUAUAAAUAGUAUACCUAUUAAUACAAAUAAUAAUUCAAAGGAUAUACAUUGUGAUAAUGAUAAAACGGAACGGUCAAGUGUCAUAAAAAAUAUAAAAAGAGAUUUAAUAGAUGAUGAUAUAUUUUUUAUAAAACAUUAUAAAGAAGAUUUAAAUGAAGAAGAAUUAAAUACAUUUUUUGAUAUAUUUAAUAAUUAUGUAGGAUAUCAUAAUUUUCAUUGUUUUACAAAAAAAAACAUUGAUCAAACUACUUAUAGAUAUAUAAAAUAUUUUGAUGUAAGUACUGUGAAAUUAUUUGAUUAUCAUUUUUUAUCAGUAAAAAUUUUAGGUCAAUCUUUUUUAAUGCAUCAAAUAAGAAAAAUGAUAACAUUAGCUGUUGAAACAUAUAGAAAAGCUACUUCAAUUAAUUCUAUAUAUUAUUGUUUGCAUACUAAAAAUUAUAUACCUAUUACAUUAUUUCCAUCAGACGGAUUGAUGUUAAUAUGUCCAUAUUUUAAUGCAUACAAUGAAAAAGUAUGCAAAUAUCCACAUACAUUACCUAUAUGUUUUGAAGAAACAGAAGAUAUUAUAGAAUUUAAGAAAAAUAAAAUUGGAAAAUGUAUUAUUGAAAAAAUGAAGCAAAACGUGUGGAAAGAAUGGCUGCAAAGGAUGAAUCAGCACCCUUUUAUUUAUUAUUUUAUAAAAGAAAAAAUAAACUCAAGUUUGUAA